CUUUGAGAGAGCGAUGCUCGCUCACGGUUUUUUGUUUGUUUCAAACCGAAGUUUAGAAGUUGUUGAUAGUGCCCGUUGUUUGCUUGUGAUCCAAAUCCCGGUGAAAAGUGGGUGGAUUUUUCAUGAUGAAAAUCGCGUUUUUCCUAGUUUUUCUCAGUGGUGCUUUCAUCUCCAACGUGAAUACCAUCAGUGUGGAUGAAAAUGGAUACAUAUUGUACUGUCCUUGCAUGGGUCGCUUCGGUAACCAGGCCGAUCAUUUUCUGGGUGCGUUAGGUUUUGCUCACGGUUUGAAUCGUACGCUGGUGCUUCCGCCGUGGGUUGAGUACCGGAAAGGAGCAGCGACCUCGGUGCAGGUACCGUUCGAUACGUACUUCCAGGUGGCGCCCUUGAACGAGUACACUCGGGUGAUAACGAUGGAAAAUUUCAUGACAAAUUUGGCGCCAUCGUUGUGGCCACCAGCGGAACGCAUUUCGUUCUGCUACACGGAGAGGAUGGGUUUGGACGGAAGUGCGGGCGGAGGGUGCAAUGCCAAAAGCGGUAAUCCUUUUGGGCCGUUCUGGGAUACGUUCGGGAUCGAUUUUGUGAAGUCGGAAUUUUUUGGACCCAAGCUGAAUUAUGAUGUCUAUCACCACGAUAUGGCGAACAAAUGGACUGAAAAAUAUCCCAGCGAUAAGUGGCCCGUGAUUGCAUUCACAGGGGCACCUGCUAGCUUUCCCAUUCAGAACGAAAAUCGCGGACUGCACAAGUAUCUGAAGUGGUCCGUUACCAUUGAAAACGCAGCCCGUGACUUUAUUAGGAACUCGCUACCUAAGGGGGCGUUCAUGGGAAUCCAUUUGCGGAAUGGAAUCGAUUGGAUUAGAGCUUGUGAUCACGUUAAGGAAAGCUCCAACCUGUUUUCCUCACCGCAGUGCCUCGGCUAUCGGAAUGAGAAGGGGACGCUCACGAUGGAAAUGUGUCUCCCGUCGCGGGACACAAUAAUCCGCCAGAUCAAACGACAGAUCAAAAACCACAAAGAAGCUUAUAAGAAUAAUGACAUCAAAUCGGUGUUCGUUGCUUCCGAUAAUAACCACAUGAUUAACGACUUGGCCGACGCAUUGAAGCGGAUGGACAUUACCGUGGUCAAAUUACCCGAGGAUAACCCCCAUCUGGACCUGGCGAUUCUCGGGAUGUCCAAUCACUUCAUCGGGAAUUGUGUGUCGUCCUAUUCGGCUUUCGUCAAAAGAGAGCGCGACGCGAAGGGAUUCCCGUCGACAUUCUGGGCCUUCCCGGUAGAAAAACACAUGUCCAAGUCGGCGAAGGCAGCUGCCGGUGGUGGAUCGGUGACGCAUGAAGAGCUGUGAUUGUGUCUGCCAGUGAGGAGGAUGCAUACAGGCUGCUGCUGAUCGACGACGAUGAUGAGAUCAUUGAAAGCAACAGAGGAGAAUCAAGACAAAUAAAGCAAAACAACAGACGGGGAUGUCCCAAGGUUCCUUAUACUUCGCGCCCGCGUCCGUCGCCGUGAUGCACAAAAUCUGUUUACUCUCAUAUUGGUAGACGUUGGUUGUUUUGAUUCAAGCCGGUGUGGUAGCCAGCGUGUUCGCAAUAAUCUGUAGGUGAGGACUGUAUCGUAUAU